AUGACUGCAUUGGUUCGGCUCGCCGGAAGAGCAGCUUCGUGGAGCAGGGUCGGCAAAGCGGCGGCGGCGGCGACAGCACCCUCUCCCCUCGGCUUGUUCGCGCAGCGCCGGAGGGCGUUUCAGGGCGUGAGAAUGGAGACGUUGGGCAGCAAGGGCGGCCGUGGCGCUCUGGUGGUCCUGGAAGGCCUGGACCGGAGCGGGAAAUCGUCGCAGUGUGCCCGGCUGCUGUCCUUCCUCAAAGGCAAAGGCUACGAUGCCGAAGGAUGGAGGUUCCCUGACAGGGCCACCAGUGUCGGGCAGAUGAUCUCUGCCUACCUCGCGAACGAGUCGCAGCUUGAUGACAGGACGAUUCAUCUGCUCUUCAGCGCCAAUCGCUGGGAGAAAAGAGCUUUGAUGGAGAGCAAGCUAGUCAGUGGAACUACUCUCAUUGUAGACCGCUAUUCUUAUUCAGGCGUGGCGUUCUCAGCUGCUAAAGGGCUUGACAUUGAGUGGUGCAAGGCUCCAGAAAAUGGACUUAUUGCUCCAGACCUUGUAAUAUAUCUUGAUGUACAGCCAGAGAAAGCGGCUGAAAGAGGAGGCUAUGGAGGUGAGCGAUAUGAAAAGAUAGAGUUCCAAAAGAAAGUUGCAGAGCAUUACCAUUCACUCCGUGAUUUGACAUGGAAGGUGGUCGAUGGUUCCCUUCCCAUGGAGACCGUUGAAGAAAAACUGAGAGAUUUAGCUACGAGCUGCAUUCAGGAGUGCCAAGGGAAACCACUUACCAAUCUGGCCUGGUGA